AGUGUCACAAGCCAUUAUUCUUGUGAAAAUAACAUCAGAGACUCCACUUUGAAGGCACAACAUAGCCUUGUACUUCUUGGCACAGUCUUCUUUGUGCUGCCUGAUAUGAGUUAUGGUCGGGUUGGCUUUUAGUGGUGGUGGCUCAGUGUCAUUGAGAACAACAUUCCACAGGUCGUGUGCCUGCAGGUAUGUUCUCAUUUUCACUGCCCAGAUGUUAUAAUUUUCUCCAGCAAAGACAGGUGGAGGAGGUGGUGUAAAACUCAUUUUCAGCAAGCAAAAACAAUCUUUACUUCUUUUGUUUCAAACACAGUUUGCUUAGUAACAGUGUACAACCAAGGCCCUCAAAGACUAAAAGCUCUUGAUACCAUUUGUUAAGUUUUCAGCAUUAAAAAAUAGAAAAUAAGCCAAAAAUGGAACCAAAAGAAGAAAACUAAAAUGAAAAACUCAAAAAAUUUGUAACCGAAGGUCAUCAUUUUUUUCAUUCAAAUUUGAAUAUAUGAAGGUUACAAAAUGUUGGCAGUUACCUACUAACUUAACUGCCCUUACUUAAUACAUACUAAAAUAAGGCAAGUUGAUUACAAAACAAAGCUGGCAUACCAGCUAUUACAUCAAUCAAUCUUCCUACUAACUUAGCUAAACUCAUUACAAAGAUUUGGACUAAGUUCCAUAGGAACAAAACAUUCAAAAAGUAAUUCUAUAACUGAACCAACUCCAUUGCUUUGUUACAAAACAGUAUAGUAGAUCAUCUUGUACAAUUUGCUGCUGCUGGUCUUUGAUCAGUUUGCUGCUGUUGGUUCUCUGUUGCACUGCAGGCCACGGCUUCAACACAUGGAAACGUCUUUCAUGACUAAAAAGAGUCAGCUAACGCACUCUUUUAAAGAUAAAAUAGUAGGGAGGGGCGAUGAUAAAACAACUCUUCUAAAACUCGUGUUAGAGUUUGAAAGUGAAGAGAAUGUUUACAUCAUUCCAAUUGUGGGGUUUGGAGGGUUAGGGAAGACUGCUUUGGCUCAGUUUGUCUAUAAUGAUGAAAUGGUUAAAAAUAAUUUUGAGUUGAUGAUGUGGGUGUGUGUUUCAGAUGUUUUUGAUGUCAAAAUAAUUGUAGAAAUCAUGAUCAAAUCUGCAACAGGCAAAGCACCAGACCAAAAUCUCGAAAUGGACCAAUUGCAAAAACAACUUCGGGAAAAAAUUGGUGGGAAAAAAUAUUUGCUUGUUUUGGAUGACAUUUGGAAUGAUGAGUGGGAAAAAUGGGUUAGUUUAAACGAGUUAGUAGUAGGUGGGGCUAAAGGAAGUAGGAUCAUAGUAACUACACGCUCUUUGGGAGUAGCAAAGAUUACUAGUAAAUGUCAGCCUUAUGUUCUGAAAGGCUUAUCUGAUAAUGAUGCUUGGUCUUUGUUCAAAGAGAUAGCAUUUGAGCAAAGAUCUGCAGACUCAACAGAUUCAGGCUUUGUGGAAAUAGGAAAGCUGAUUUUGGAAAGGUGUAGUGGAGUUCCUUUAGUCAUAAGGACGAUAGCUGGUACGUUGUCUUUCAAAGAAAAUAAAAGUGAGUGGCUUUCUUUUAAAGAUAACGAACUUGCUAGAAUAUCUCAGAACGAAGGUGAGAUAUUACCUACACUUAAGUUGAGUUAUGAUCAUCUCUCAUCCCAUUUGAAGCAUUGUUUUGCUUAUUGUCGACUAUAUCCAAAAGAUCAUGAAAUUGAUGUACGAACACUUGUUCAAUUUUGGGUUGCACAAGGUUUUGUAAAGCAAUUGAAUCCAAGCCAAUCUCUUGAGGAGAUCGGAUUUGGAUAUUUUAAAGAUUUAGUUGAAAGAAGUUUCUUUCAAGAGGUAGAAGAAGAUGGAUUUGGGGAUAUGAGAUGUAAAAUGCAUGAUUUAAUGCAUGAUCUAGCUGAAUCAGUAGCAUGGAUGGAGAGUAGUAUUAUAGAUUCAAAUAAAAUUGCAAGUGAUGUUGGUGAAAAAUGUCGCCACAUAUCAAUUAAUCCUUCAUUAAUUCCUUUGUUUAAGGGAAAAAAGUUGCGAACCUUGUUACAGUAUGCAACCGUGGGAACUCCAAAUUUGAGCCAAGAAACUUGGGAUUUUGUAAUUGCAAAUUGUAGAUGCUUGCGUGUAUUGGAUUUGCAGUGGUUAGGUAUUGAGAUGAUUUCACCCUCCAUUUACAAGUUGAAACAUUUGAGGUACCUUGAUCUUUCUUGGAAUCCCGGUCUUAAGAUUCUCCCAAAGAGUAUUUGCAAGAUUCAGAAUUUGCUAGCGCUGAAACUUGAUGGGUGUAUUGGGCUUCAAGAAUUGCCAAAGAAGAUUGAAAAAUUGGUGAAUCUUACCCAUCUUUCUUUUCGUUAUAUUAAUGGCUUAACUCAUAUGCCACGUGGAAUAGGGAAGCUGACUUCACUUGAGACGUUAAGCAUGUUUGUAGUGGAUAAAGAUGAGUCCCAUGGCGGUGCAGAUCUAAGUGAAUUGAGACUGCUUAACAACUUAAGGGGAGACCUAGAAAUAAGAAAUUUGGGAUUCGUAAAAAAUGCAAAAGAGAAGUUUAAGGCUGCUAAUUUGAAAGAGAAGCAACAUUUGAGCUUGUUGAUUUUACGAUGGAAUGUUGAUUUUGUUGAUGAAGGUGAUGAUGAUAAAUCACUUAAAGACCUCCAGCCCCAUCCUAAUCUCAGGGCGCUUAAUAUUGAAGGAUGGAGGGGUGAUGCCAAGUUUCCAAGUUGGCUUCCUUUGCUCACAAAUCUCGUCACAAUUUACAUAAGUGGUAGUAAUUUCAAACAUCUCCCGUCCUUUGCGCAAUUUCCUUGUCUUAAAGGGCUGGAGAUACAUGAUUGUACUAAGCUGGAGUACAUGGAUGAUAAUAGCCCAAAAGGAAGUCAAGGAGGACCACAAUCAUUCUUCCCAUCACUUAAGCAUCUUUCGCUCUGGGACUGUCCGAAUAUGAAGAGUUGGUGGAGGACGACAAAACCAAUCGAUGAUGAUUCCAAUGAGGACGACACAACAGUUAUGGGAACAUCAACCAUGGCAUUUCUUUGUCUUUCCUCUUUAACAAUUAGAAAUUGCCCUUUGACUUUAAUGCCACUGUAUCCAUCACUCGAUGAAGAUCUAAUGUGGUCGAAUACCAGUUCAAGGCCGUUAAAGCAGACAAUCAAGAUGAACAUCAAUGCUAAGGCCCCAUCAACUUCAACCUCUUCUCUUCCACUCUCCAAAUUGAAAUCUUUCGAUGUACACAAUAUUGAGGGGUUGGACACUCGCACACUAGGUGAGUGCCUGCAACAUCUCACCAGCCUCAAAACAUUAACAAUAAGAGAUUGCAAGGAGGUUGAUUUAGAGGGCAUGCAAUUGGAACCCCAUAAGAAUCUCUCUCAUUUGAAGAUUGAUAAUAUUCCAAAGCUGGUGUCUCUCCCCAUUUGGCUUCAACAUCUUGUUCAAUUGAAAACAUUAAAAAUUCAUAACUGCAUUGGAUUGAGGUCACUCUUUCCUGUGAUCCAACAUCUCACUUUCGUUGAAGAUUUUGAAGUAAAGGACUGCAAAGAGGUUGAUUUAGAGGGCAUGCAAUGGGAACCCCUUAAGAAUCUCUCUCAUUUGAAGAUUGAUAAUAUUCCAAAGCUGGUGUCUCUCCCCAUUUGGCUUCAACAUCUUGUUCAGUUGAAAACAUUAAUAAUUCAUAACUGCAAUGGAUUGAGGUCACUGCUUCCUGUGUUCAAACAUCUCACUUUCCUUGAAAAGUUUGCAGUAAAGGACUGCAAGGAGCUGGAGUUAUCUGGAGCUGGCAUCCAAAUAUUCCAAGAUCAUACAAGCCUACGCUCUCUACGGCUGCAAAAUAUUCCAAAGUGUCGGCAUCUUCCGGAGUGGCUUCAACAUCUAACAAAUCUGCAACUGCUUUAUCUCGUUAAUUUGCCCAAUUUAACAUCUCUUCCGGACGAGAUGCGAUGCCUAACCAGUUUGGAUUAUUUACAAAUACGAGAUAUUCCUCAGUUGGAGGAAAGAUGUCGGAAGGACAUUGGCGCUGAUUGGCAUAAGAUUGCUCACAUCCCCCACAUUUGGUUGUAA